CCACCUCUGAAAUAUCCCAACCCGAAAACUGGAUUGCAAAGCGAAGGAAAGGAGCCUAUCAAAGAAUCUCAGAGGGAUUUAUCAACAGUAUCCCAGUUAAAGCAGAGCUUCAGAAAAAAUGGGCAAGUUGUACAGCCUGAAAUGGAGAAAAUGAAACGAGAAGGACAAGCUGCAGAACCCAACCGUAAACCGCAGGACUGGAAGAACCCUGGCUGGAUACAGAAAUGGAGCAGAAGGCACCAGAAGGCUCCAGAUACAGAGAAGGGGAGUGAAAAUCAGCCAAGGUCCACAGGAAGGGCAAGAAAGGCAGGACCUCAGAGGGGUUCCUCUGAUGGGCUGAAGACCACGUGUUCUCCCAAGAUUGAAAACGCGUCUGCUGAUGCUCGGGCGAUGGGCACGAGAGAGUCCUCCAGACGCUGCAAGGGAAGGUCGAGUGGAUCUCCUCUGAGAAGUGACACUUCUGGGAAAGAAUGCCAACUCACAGCCAGGCUGGCAGAGGGCAGGAAGAAGCCGUACAGUCCCGAACAGGUCCGUGAAUUUAUGGAUCAGAAGGCAGCUGAGAGACAUAGGCGGAUCCAAGAAGAGAGAAGGACCUCGAAGAAAGCCCACGAAGAGAGAAACAAGAAACUUCAAGAAGUCUACCGAAAACAGAGAGAAGCAGUCAACAGAAAAGGCCAUUGUGUCAAGCGACUGAGUGAAGAUGUGACUUGCAAGCAUAAUCUUGAUUCGAAAUACACAGGUGGGCCACAUCCAGGAAGAGACGACACGGAAUGGGUUCAUCGAGUAUCACAGGCUCUGCUAAGGAAUGAGUCAAAAUUCAACAGUGAGCUGGACCCAAGGAUGGCCAAAACAGGACAAGUGACCCCAAUGCUGGGAUUCUGUCCCUCCACGGGCCCUGAAGGUCAGCUGAGGAGCCCUCUGAAACUCAAGCACUUGGACAUCUCCUCCCCUCAGAAGUAA